UUGUUAUGUUGUUGAAUUCUAAGUUGUGGGUUGUUUUUGUAUACACACAACUCUCUCUCUUUCUCUCUCUCUCUUCUGCAAAAAUUUCUGAAAAUUCUCUGAGCAGAAUUUUUAUUAUCUUUGUGCCCCCAUCAGGGCAAGAAUCCAAGAUUUAUCCAUCACAUUGCUGCAGUCCCCACUCAACUGUUAAUGCGCAGGAUAUAAUGCAGCAACUGGUUCCACCGUGGCUAGAACAAUUGCUCAACGCAUCUUUCUUCCGGGUUUGUCGCACUCAUGAAGAUGCCGCGAGGAGUGAAUGUAACAUGUUUUGUCUUGAUUGCGGCGGUGAUGCAUUCUGCUUCUAUUGCCGCUCUUCCCGGCACAAAGAUCAUCAGGUCAUCCAGAUAAGAAGGUCGUCGUAUCAUGAUGUGGUGAGGGUAUCGGAGGUUCAACGAGAGAUUGAUAUAAGCGGAGUACAGACCUAUGUGAUAAACAGUGCAAGAGUGAUGUUCUUGAAUGAAAGGCCUCAGCCCAAAUCUGCAGGAGGGAAAGGAGUUUCUCAUCUGUGUGAAAUCUGUGGCAGGAGCCUCUUGGACCCUUUUCGAUUCUGUUCACUUGGCUGUAAGCUUGUAGGUAUAAAGAGAAACGGAAAUGCUAGCUUUAGCUUAGAGUCAAAGAAUGAGGUAGCAGUAAGAGGUGAUCAAGGGAUAUCAAACAGGAGAGUAGUCAUGAAUUUAACAUCACCGUCAUCAUCAUCAAGAGACCAUCAAAUUCAACAAGGAUCGGAUGAAUUGCGUCAAGGCUCGGAACAAGGCACAUUUGCUCACAUGUCCACCCCUCCUGGUAGGAGAAGAAAAGGCAUUCCUCAUAGAGCUCCUUUUGGCUCUUGAAUCCUCAAUUUUACAUACUUACAUCCCCAUACAUAUUCACUUUUUUACCCUUUCGUCCAAAUUUAUUGUCUCAAAAAUACCUAGUCACACCGAGUCUCGAAAUUCUUUGUCACAUUAUAGUUUGAUAGCAUUUGUACAUACUUAAAAAUAUGGAUCGAACGAGUUUGCAUUUCUAGGAGCAGAAGUAAGGUCUGCGUAAAAGAAAUGUUUUACCAUUAUUUUAACACCAUCUUUUGAGAUAUGUAAUUGUCCCCAAAACCAUAUAGACAUCAUCAAGUGGGGUUGUUUGUUCUCUCAUUUUCUUGGAGGUUUUGGGGGUGGGGAGGGGCGGGGAAGCCUAAGAAAGGCAUAGAGUUAGUAAAUCAAAUUUGUUUGAUACUUGAGAAAAAUGUUGGAGGGGUGGGGGGUCCAAAGUCCAAAACAAAAUUCGCAAGUUAAUUGGAGAGAGAGCAAUAAUGGAGAGAGAAUUAUAGUUGGGUUUACAAGGUGUACAUGCAAUUAAGAAAUAUAAAGCAAGUCAUUGUGGAGUCCGUUUUAGUGUAUAAAUUUAUCAUGGCUCCACCCAUUCACAUGGGCCGUUUAUAUAAACAAAUAGAUACAGCUUUUUAUGUUUGUUUUUUUAUAGUUUCAUGUAAUGGGGCGAUUUUACUUUCUAUGAUUGUCACCCAAUUUGUUCUCACAACUCCGUUAAUUCAUAUUCUUUAUUUUCUUGA